GAAUAUGUAUUAGAUUUAGUUUAGUUUACUUGAUAUCAUUAGUAUCUCAAUUUUUUUCAAUAACAUGCGCACCUACGCACCUUGUCCUCGAAGCCCCUAAUGUUACCUACCUCGUCUAAGUUCGUAAAGAGCAUCCUGAAAAUGUACUGAACUAGAUACCUACUUAAUUGCUAGAACAAGGCGUAGAAACGGUGAGUUCAUUCGAGUUAAAUAAAAGGAAUUUUGAAGGAAAUCGGAUUUGGAAGAUUUCCUCUCUCGGGCAAGACGACAGCUGGUAAAAUGGACCACGAAAUAAACCUAGCGGCGCAGUGCCUGCUGGCCAUGUCGCGAAACCGGCUCACAGUGUCGAGCGACCCCUCGACGAGAGGAUCCCCUGCUCGGCGGACCCCGAAACCCCGGCUGAAGCACCCCCUGGAAGAGCCCCUCUUCGUGGUGGCCCGGAUCCUGGCGAACCUGUCCGAGAAGCGGCAUCAGUCGGGGUCGGCCCCUCCAAGGAGGAGGGAGCAGGAGGCGCGGCGCGGGAGUAAGAAGGCCCGGCUCGUCCUCGAGAGCGUCAUCAGCAUGUCGGACAAAGUCAUCAACAGGUCGGACAAAGUCAUCAGCAUCUCCGAGUCCGACCAGAAGCUCCGCAAGGCGCACGAGUGUCAUCAGCCGGGGUGCGGCAAGGCAUACGGAAAACGCUCCCACCUCAAGGCCCAUUUAAGGACACAUACGGGUGAAAAGCCAUUCCCUUGUCGCUGGACUGGAUGCGUCAAGAGAUUCGCUCGUUCGGAUGAAUUAGCCCGCCAUUUACGCACUCAUACGGGGGAAAAACAAUUUAUGUGUCCCGUUUGUUACAAAAAAUUUAUGCGCAGUGAUCACUUGAGCAAGCACGCUAGACGGCAUCCUGACUUUGACCCCUCCGUUUUGCGGCAAAGAAAGUCCUCUAAAUUAAAAAUAAAGAAUAACCUUCUAUCAUGAUAAACAAGAAACACUGGCUUCAAAUACUUGAUUUCGAAAAGAAGCCUCAUCAUCGCCGAAAAGAAACUGUGGUUGAAAAAUAAAAAUUGUGAAAAAAGCGACUAGAACUUUCAACAGUAUGUGUGCUUACACAGUAGUAGUCUUAAAGCAAAAACAAAACAAAAAAUGCGACAAAAAUGUACCCAAAAACGGUCGGCAGGGGGUGGGUCUAUGGUACAAGUGGACUUCCAAUUGCGAAAAAUCAAAAUUUAGGCUAUAACCCUAAUUUCGAGAUAUCACAAUUUUAAAAUUUUCAUUGUAAAUGCAAGUUUUCUACUGAUUUUGAUCCGCUUUUUUAUUUAUUUGUCCAUUGAAUCGGUGUUUAUCGGUUCACGUGUUUAUUAUUCGUUCGAUUCAUGUCGAUCGAAUACAUACCCUCUCGUUACAUGGAGACCUCCUAUCAUACUCUUUUUUUUAACUGAAUAAUUCGCCUUCUGCUGCGUUUGCAGCAAUUAACUGUUGUUACGAGUAUGUUGUGCAUGCUGAUUUUAGCUCAUUACACAUGUGACUCUCUGAAGGUGUUUCAUGUGCGACAGAAAUUCGCCUUUAUCUGCGUCUGCAGCAAUUGUCGCUACUAAUAUGUUGUGCGUGCUGAUUUUUGCUCAUUACAUACUUGACUCUCUGAAGGCGUUUUAUGUGCAAAAGUAGAGCACCCUGUUGGAGAAAAACAGAAAUUGAAUUAAUCGCUCAACCCCUCCUUCGUUUGUUCUCCGACAGAUUGUGCUAUACUUGCGCACAUAAAACGCCUUCAGAGAGUCGAGUAUGUAAUGAGCAAAAA